GGUAAGAUGGCGGAACUGGGGAAGAAGUACUGCGUGUACUGCCUGGCCGAGGUGAGCUCCCUGCGCUUCCGCUGCACCGAGUGCGCCGAUAUCGAGCUCUGCCCCGACUGCUUCUCGGCGGGCGCCGAGAUCGGCCCGCACCGCCGAUGGCACGGCUACCAGCUGGUGGACGGCGGCCGCUUCACGCUCUGGGGCGCCGAGGCGGAGGGCGGCUGGAGCAGCCGCGAGGAGCAGCUGCUGCUGGACGCGAUCGAGCAGUUCGGCUUCGGCAACUGGGUGCUUGAGAGUGAGUAUCUGUAACAAGAUGCGUGAGAUUUUCCUUGAUUGAGCGAGUGUCCCCAUCAGUCAAAAUUUCUUUUCCUCAUGGGUUUAAGGAAAACUAAAAAUGCUGCAAUCCAUCAGGAGUCUGCAACAACCACUGUAUGUGCAGCAAAGCAGAGAAACCAGACAACUUCAACCAGGCUGAGAAUUCUGUACAACCUGCACUUUCUAAUAAAGCUGUUUUGCAACUUUAGUCAGCAAUCAAUCAUAAACAUUACUUCAUUUAGUAAAGAGUUUCCUUUGGGGGAAAAAAUUAGGUACCUUGUAAGAGCUUAUUUUUGAAUGUUUCAAAAACUCGAGUGACACACAGAGCACCAUUGAUAGAUGCCCCGUGCAUCACGUUGCAAUUGGUUCUACGUUGGUGUGUGUAUCAAACUGGAACUUUUUUCAACUGCCAAUAAAUGGUUUUGUUAAAGUCUUGUAUAAGUUCUCUUAGUCGUCCCCCCCACCCCUUGUCAGUGUAACUGAGAAAUAAAAAAUGAGUUCCUGUCUUGGGAGAGCAGAGUGGCCUGGGAGAAUCGCCUCCCUCCCCCUGCUGGUUACACUUCUUAUGAAGCGGCCCAAGCUGUGGUUGGCUUUCGGGGCUGCAAGCACCCAUUGCCAGCUCGCAUUGAGCUUCUCAUUCACCAGCACCCCUAAGUCCUUCUCUGGGCUUCUCUUGGUCCGUUCUCUGCCCAGCCUGUAAUUGUGCUGGGCAUUGUCCCGACUUGGGGAACAGGGCCUUGCACUGGGCCUUGCUGAACCGGAGGAGAUUAGCACAAGCCCACCUCUCCACCUCUCCACCCUGUUAGGGCGGACAGGAAGCUGGUCUUCAUUCACCAGCCAAGUUCAAGAAAACCAUCCUUGCUAUGCGCCCAGGAGGCAGGUGUGGUCGUUACCACAUGACAAAAUCCAUGCGCAUUCUUGACGCCUAAUGUGGGUAGCUAGGGCCUGGCAGUCGGAAGAUAUCGCGCUGUAACAGAAAGAUAAGACCCCUCGCCGAAUGACCAAUAGUAUCUAGCCAAGUUUAGCCCAAGGUGACCAAUAGUAUUCAGGUUAUAAUGUAAG